UAAACAAACACAUGUUUCAGACGUUGUUUCGUGCAAACGACAAUGCAUCCAAUUCCAGACGAGAAAUCAGGAAAUAUGACUCCAGAUGAAGUAACGAAACGGGUUUAUGCAAUGCUACUGUCGCCAUUAAACCUGAUAUUCGAUGACAAUAUAAGUAAAACGAACACUUUGGUGUUGAUAGUCGUGCUCUUCUCAACCUGUCUGAUAGGGGAUAACAGCUUGUCUUACAUCUACAGCACACAUCUCUGGGCUCGGGCAGGUAUUGACAGUGCUACACAUGGGCUGAUAGCUUUAUGGUCCUGGGCGUUGGUGGAAAAUGUCAACUUUGACCGCUACAAACUUCUCAACUGCCUCCUGUGUGCCGUGCUGGCUGUCAGUGUUGACCUGGAUCAUUUUUAUGCCGCAGGGUCGUUCGAUAUCAAGACAGCAGUGAGUCUACCUGACCGCCCACCUCUCCAUCUGACCACAAUGAUUCCAGUGGUGUCUACAAUAUUAUGGAUUCUUGGGAUGGUGCUGAAAGUCCGCUACUUGAAGAAGUUAUCUCUCAUCUUCCUGACUGCAGUCCUCUCCCACCACUUCCGUGAUGCCACCAGGGAAGGACUCUGGCUGGCUCCUUUCUCAAACACUCAUGUGGAGUACUGGACGUAUGUAGCAGUUACCAUGGUGAUCCCGGUGCUUGUCAGGAAAGUUUUCGUCCGUUUCUUGUCAGAGAAGAAAGUAUUGUACAGCAGUGUAGAGACAGCUGCCAUGAUACCGACCAUUUUCACUGCCAAGUAUUGAUAGCCAUGGUUACAUUGAUGUUCCUUGGGGGCAUUCACAGAUGAGACUGUUGCCAUGGUUACAGUGAUACUGUAAUCCUUUAUUGACAGAUGUUGGCUCAUUUACACAUACUGACUGUGUAUAUACGAGAUGAGAUUGUUGUCAUGGUUACAGUGAUACUCUGAAGAUAUAUUGAUAACAUGUUACACAUACCAUACUCU